GACUCGGGGGUGAAAAUCGAUUCUUUCCAUCGAGUUCGCAGAAGAAUUCAGCGAAGGUCUGAUCGGACGAGAGAAUUCUGAUAUUUCAGACGAAAAGGAUAAGGAUCUCGGGAUGCUGAGGGCAGCAGCGAGGAGGCUAUCUUCAAUAGCUUCGUCGUCGAUGUGGAGGACUCACAACGCCUCUUCUCUGAUUGUCUCCAGAAAUCUGAUUGGUGAAGGUGCUUCCGAUGGUGUGAGAUCCUCUUGCGGUUUCUCCGCCUCCUUCCUCUUCCACCUUCCCGCCAGAGGUAUUUCUUCGGAGUCUCUUACUCCAACAACUGAGAACGACUUGGUUCCGGGCCUCCCUCCAACUGCGGCUGCUGUCAAGAACCCAACCUCAAAGAUAGUGUACGAUGAGCACAAUCACGAGCGUUUCCCUCCGGGUGACCCCAACAAGCGGGCAUUUGCUUAUUUCGUUCUCUCUGGUGGUAGAUUUGUGUAUGCUUCAGUGAUUCGUCUUCUCAUCCUCAAGUUGGUACUGAGUAUGUCAGCCAGUAAGGAUGUUCUGGCGCUUGCUACACUGGAGGUUGACUUGUCUAGCAUCGAGCCUGGUACCACAGUGACUGUCAAGUGGCGGGGAAAGCCCGUCUUCAUCAGGCGCCGCACAGAUGAGGAUAUCAAGCUGGCAAACAGUGUUGAUUUGUUGUCGCUUCGUGACCCACAGCUGGAUGCAGAGAGAGUGAAGAACCCAGAAUGGCUCAUUGUGGUCGGGGUAUGCACUCAUCUUGGCUGCAUUCCCUUGCCUAAUGCCGGGGACUUUGGGGGAUGGUUCUGCCCGUGCCAUGGCUCGCAUUAUGACAUUUCUGGCAGGAUCCGCAAGGGGCCAGCGCCUUACAACCUGGAGGUUCCGACCUACUCAUUCCUUGAUGAGGACAAAUUGCUGAUCGGUUAGAAGGUAAAUGCUGUUUUGCUCUCUAGAGAAAAGAAAAAAGAAAAGUUUAUUGAUUCGGUUGGAUAAAAGUCAGUAACCUGUUCGGGGAACAAAUCUCUGUAGUGGCCAAUCUGAUGAGUUGUUGGGUAUUGUGUUCAGUUUGUUUAUGAAACUUUAAUAUGUGAGUUUGUGGUGUUGGCUAAAUAAGCUUUUGUGGCAUUGUUGAUUCGGAUUUAGAGAGCAACAAGGAAGCGACCAUUUUGUGUACUAAUGUGGAAUGUGAAAAUUUUACCAUUGGUAGCA